CAAACAACAUCCUUGGAGAGAUCCUGAACUCUCAUCAAGUCCUGCAGAAGAUAUUCAGGUCAGCUUACCGAGACAUGGCUGACUACGAAGACUCUGAAAUGAGGAUCAUUCUGGUAGGGAAAACUGGAAACGGAAAGAGUGCCACAGCCAACACCAUCCUCGGGAAAUGUCAAUUUGAUUCUAAGAUCUGUGCCUACGCUGUUACCAAGACCUGCCAGAGAGCAUCCAGAAGGUGGAAGGGGAAAGACCUUGUUGUAGUCGACACUCCUGGGCUCUUUGACACCAAGGAGUCCUUGAAAACCACGUGCUCAGAAAUCAGCCGCUGUGUCCUGUACUCCUGCCCUGGGCCUCAUGCCAUUAUCCUGGUUUUGCGACUGGAUCGCUACACUGAAGAGGAGCAGAAAACCGUUGCUCUGAUCCAGGGUCUUUUCGGGGAGGCAGCCCUGAAGUACAUGAUCAUCCUGUUUACUCACAAAGAGGACCUUGAGGGCCAGAGCCUGGAUAAUUUUGUAGAUGAUGCAGGUGAAAAGUUAAAUAAUAUUGUCUCGCAGUGCGGGAAGCGCUACCUGGCAUUUAAUAACAAAGCUGCUGAGGCUGAGCAAGAGAAUCAAGUGCAGCAGCUGAUAGAUCUGAUAGAGGAAAUGGUGGCCAGGAACGGCAGAGCCUACUUUUCUGACAGGAUAUAUAAGGACAUAGAUAAGAAGCUGAACCAAUGUCUAGUGGAUCUGAAGGAGACUUACACUCAACAGCUCCUUAGUGAAAUCCAAAGAAUAGAAACGGAAUGUGCUAAUAAAUCAGAAAAAGAAAAGGAGGCGCAGAUUGUUUCUGCAAGGAGAAAUUAUGAUGAAACAAUAAGAAAAUUGAAGGAAAAGGCUGAAGAGAAUGUAUUUACGUAUAUUUUCCAAAAGAUAACAGAAAUUCUUUCAAAACUUUGGGACAUUUUGUGAUGUAAAUUUUAUUCUUUUUUUUCUAUUAAUGACGUUUGCUCUUUGACAAUUUCACACAAGCACACAUAUAAUGUGUUCUGGAUAUAUUUGUGACUUUUUUUCUUUGUAUCUUUUGCUUUGUGAUUCAUAGAAUUUAACUAGGUCUGUCUGUCUGUCUGUCUGUCUGUCUGUCUGUCUGUCUCUCUCUCUCUCUCUCUCUCUGUGUGUGUGUGUGUGUGUCACAAUAGGUUUAGAACCAUCUAUCAGAGCAUGGUGGGCUCACAGGAGGAAUUCAACAGAAGACAAUGAAUCUUUCCCAGACCCUUUCCCAGAAUCCAUCAGUAGUUUCUUGAUUGGCAGGGAGGAGUAGUUUCCCAUGAGCUCCUUCUUCAUCUAUCUAUUCCUGACUGUUGACAGACCCAUAGCUGCUGUGUACUCCCAAUUGCAAUCUGUUUCCUGACUCUUAAAGGUUAGUGAUGUAAGUGUCCUGGUUAGGGUUAAGCAUCCAGUCCUGGGCCUCUGCAUUCAACCCUAUUCUCUGCAAAGAGAGGCUUCUUUGGUUUUUACCAGCGGCUUUACCAGUCAGCGGUUAAGUGCACUGACUGCUCUUCCAGAGGUCCUGAGUUCAAUUCCCAGCAACCACAUGGUGGCUCACAACCAUCUGUAAUGAGAUCUGAUGCCUUCUUCUGGUGUUGUCUGAAGACAGCGACAGUGUACUCAUGCCUACAAUAAAUAAAUAAAAAUUUAAAAAAGACCUUUGUGUUUAGCAAAUAA